AUGUCCCAUGCUUUCAUCCUUGCAGAUCAAACUGAUGCCAUUGGAUUCAUUCGCAGUGAUUGUACCAUCCCCAGAGGUGGCACAUUGUGCACGAACCGCCGUGCUACUUGCAACAUAUCGCGAUACAUGCAUAUUCGCAUUGCACUACUCAUAAGGUUGCUGAAAAUUCUUCGACAGUCCACGACAGGUUUCGCCCUACUUGAGGCCCAUCAGUGCUGCACACAGGCCGCUUCAUGUUUCAGUUGGCAUGAUAUUCGAAGUAUAGCAGUGUAUUUUCACAAAGAAAACUACUCACAAGGUUGCUGGAAACUCUUUGACAGCCCACGACCGGUUUCGCCCUUCUUAGGGCCCAUCAAAUAG